UGGGCUCAAGCUUGGAACCGGACCAAAUCUUUUCAAUGCUCGAUACGCUUGAUGCUGGACACGUUCGCAUGCCAGCAAUGCCGCGCCUUCUUGCUAUUUUCUGUUCGCUAAUUCUUUGUUCCUGCAGUCAUUCCUUGGAGAGUUGCAAGAGCUCAAAGAUCGAACAUGAGGAAACAUCGAACCUUAUGACACAUUUGGCACAGCAAUUUCAGACCAAUGUGUCGACGGAGAGGGAGGCUUUGCCUUCACAGAUUCCAAGGAAGUUGCUCUUCACCUACAAGACCAAUCUGUUCAAAGCUGAGCAGGGACAUUUAAGCACUCAGGAGAAAAUAUUGCUGGCCAACAUGAAGCGCACAGUGAGAGUGUUCCAGAAUAUGACCGGUGGCGCGCCAGAUGUUGAAAUGUGGGACGACCAGGAUUGCUUCACUGCACUCGAAAAACUUCAGAUGAAGGAGGGUCCUGAGCUGGCGUUGGACUUUCGCAGAGAGGCCGUGGGCAUGAUCAAGUCUGACAUUUGUCGCCUGGUGAUGCUGUACAACACGGGUGGCUAUUACUUUGACAUAGAUGUUGCACCAUUAGAUGCACUGCACAAAGCAUUGGACCCCCGAGCCACUUUUGUGACAACGAAGAUCAAAGACGGACUUUUUUUCCAAGCUUUCUUGGCCACUACACCCAAACACCCUGUGAUCAGGAAGUCUUUGACGAUGUUCAAGACCUGGUACGACGAGUAUUCGGCACCUGGUCAGAACAAGGAGAAGCUUCGCCAGGAAACAGGCGGUGGAAAUAUCGGCACAGCUCUGUUGGCAAGGUCGUUCAAAGAGUGGUCUUCAAGCACAAGUGAAAGCCCCUUGCUGGUCCAUCACGCGGGCAAGGGUGGGCAUGUGUCUCAAUUCUUUCAAGAAUGGCAAUUUGAGAUGCAAGGCCAAGGCGUUGCUCCGAGAGAGCGGCGUCAUUUUUCGUAUGAUGAUUAUUGUGACUGGGGUGCUGUUGACACACGCACGAAUACCGUGGUGUUGAUCGCCAGGGUUUACGAUUGGCGAAGUAACAAGAUUUGCGAAGCAUCAAAAUUAUCAAAAUUCCCAGCAAAUGGCUUGGCAAAUUUCCUCGGACUCAGUCUGCCUUGAGGCGGAAUAAUGAA